UUUGGGCGAAUUUUAAAAUAACAUCUCUACGAAUCUGUCAUUGCUGUUUUAGUAAUUUGAAAUCAUAUUAAAUUUAUUGUUUACGUUACUUACCAACAUUAGUUUAAAAUAAUUUUUAUAUGUCAAUAGGGCAAAUUAACGUGUAAUACAUAGGUAGUUGGUAAAGUGAUUUAAUCAAUAAAUUCAUGAUACAUCUAAAAAAAUAUUCAUCAUAUUUAGACAUUUUCAUAACAUCAUCUUUAUUUAAAAGCUGUGCUCUUGUGGAUGGAGUUUUUGCUUAGUCUUUUUACUUCUUAAUUUAACUUAUGAGAUUUUAUUUUUCUGCAAAAAAAUUUUGUCAUUUUAAAGUUUUCAUAGAAAGGCAUAUGUCGAAAAAUAAGGAUAUCGCUUGUGCCUUCAAUGUAAGUGAGAGUAUCAAAGGAGAAAAGUUAAUAUAUCCAGCAGCAACAAGAAAUAGUGAACCAAUACUGCAAGUUUUAAAAAGAUUCAUAAUUUGUGAUAUUGAUAAAAUAGAAGAUGUUAGUCCUAUAUUUCUGGAGAUAGCAUCUGGUUCUGGUCAACACUUAUUUCAUUUUGCACCCUAUUUCCCUGGAGUAAAAUUUCAGCCAUCGGAAAUUGAUGAAAAUUUAUUUGGGAGUAUUACUUAUUAUGCUCAAACAUGCCCAACCAAAAAUAUGUUACCCCCAUUACUGCUUGAUAUAAGAAAUAAAUUGAAUUGUUAUGGUAUUGAUGAUAAUAGUAUUGAUUAUAUGUACAGUGCCAAUAUGAUGCAUAUCAGCCCUUAUGAAUGUACUGUUGGACUAUUUGAAAAUGCAGGUCAGUAUCUUAAAACUGAUGCUCUUAUGAUCACUUAUGGGCCUUAUAGUAAAGAUGGAGUAAUAACUCCUCAAAGCAAUAUUGAUUUCAAUGCAGCUCUUAAAGCUCGAGAACCAUCUUGGGGUAUUCGUGAUAUUAAUGAUUUAAUAAAAUUAGGGGAAGAGAAUAGCCUGUCUCUUAUAGAUACUGUAGAAAUGCCUGCUAAUAAUAAAACAUUAAUUUGGAAAAAAAAUUAAGUAAGUAAUUAAAUAAAUUGAAACAAGAAUGUCUUCAAUACUAUGUUUGUAUUAUGAAUGUAAUCCAUCUCUGUAAUUUAUUUCUUUAAAGUAUUUAAAUAUAUUGAUAAAUUAGA